AUGAACAUCUCGUCUAAGCUCGAUAAUUUGAGCUGGUACGGAUUAUUCGUCGGACGGAAACUUUGUGGAAUGACUCGUUGCGGUGAAGAUGAUCAUCUUCCGCUGAUGUUUUCUAAGCUCAGACUCGAGGAAGAUGUUGCUAUUGAUUAUAUCUAUACAAACUUUUACGACUUGGGAUACUGUGGACCCUGGACGCAGGCACGUUAUAUGGCCGAAAGAUCGCUGUUUGCCGUUAAUCGGAAGGCAAUACAACGAAUAAACAACACUCUGAUGACCCGUCAUCCAGGACCUCAAGUUACGCUUUCUGCGUUGGACCUUGCACCUAUCCCUGGGUUUACCAUGAAGACUACGCGUGACUUGUCAACAGUUACUAGGAUGGAACGACCUGAAAUCAACAUACACUUGAAAUCCUCCUCGGGGUUGAAAGCGGACGACUCUCGGUGA